GUGGCGCCGGCAUGGUAGCGCGCGAGGAAGAGUCUGCGGAGGGUCGAUAACCUGGGCAGAACACGCCGUGCUCCAUAUCGCGCCCGUUAUUAUUUCCCCAUGUCCUGCUCUUCCUUCUCCUCCAUGUCGCCUCUCUAGGCCAUGGCUCAUGUCCUCAUUCACGACAGAAGACAGACAUCCAGUGUUAGUCCCUCCAGCCCAGGUUCAUCAGCCUCAGGCACUGAUACUGCUUCAGCGACCUCUCAGUCCCCGACCGCGUCGUCGAUUUCCGCCUCUUCGGCUUCCGUUACGAACUCGGACACGCUAUCACCCACAUCAACGGUCUCUCGUACUCCCACGGAUUCAACGACUGCCAUUGUCAGCUCUUCCGCCCGUUCUAUGUCCUCUGCUGGGUCGUCGGCCAGCGCUCCCACGUCCUCUGCAGCGCAGUCCUCGCAGGCUGCCUCCACGCAGGCGUCCACUGCUGCCGCAUCUUCGACGUCCAUCUCUAGGAGGUCCACCAGCGACUCGUCGAUGAGCUCAGCUGCUUCUACCUCGGCUACUCGGGCGUCGACGAGUGCGGCGUCCUCGGCGGUCACACAGUCGUCAUCUUCCACCUCGCAGUCUACGUCCACCAGCUCGUCAACCAGUCAAGAGUCUAGCAGCUCUACGUCAACGACGACCAGUCGAGCAGCACUUCGAGCAGUGACCGGGUCACACAACGACGACCUCCUCGUCCGCUCAGUCCUCUUCUUCCUCCAGUCAGGACACGACGACCUCCCCUUCGACUACUCCGUCCUCGACGCCUCCCUCUUCUUCCUCAUCUGCAAGUGCGAUCAGCACUUCGGUUGGGUCGGCAACGGAGACGGUCUACAGUACCAGCACGUCUUCCCAGAGCGGGCGUUCUAGCAGUUCGAGCAGUCCGACGUUUACUGCGACUUCCACGGCCGGGUCAACCAUAUAUGUGACCACGACCAACAGUGUUGGAAAGACAGUCACGACUGCUCCGCCAUUCGUUACCGAGACCUCAAUGAUCAGUGGUAGCAAUGGUCCGAGCGUUGUGACAGUAGUUGUCGCAAUCCCACUCCGCUCACUCAGGGCGACAGCAGU